AUGAGCUGGUCCUCGCCGGAGAGCUGGGCUACCAAACUCUUAUCCGGCGAUCCCGUUGCCAUCUUCAUCGCAGUCGUGGUGGCGAUAGCCCUCCCCAUACUGGUCCAUCUGUAUCUCUACACCCAGACUGCUCGUGCCAAAGUCGUCCCAAGCUUCCUCCUUCUUGGCCCCAGUGGUGCAGGCAAGACGUCUCUUGUCUCUCUACUACAAAAGCGAUCCUCGAAUCUGGAAGAUUCCCAGGCAGAGGCUGCCGUUACCCGCAUUUCUCAAGUCUCCUCCCCCAUCAGCUUACUACUUCAGCCCUCUGUCCCUUUAGGGUCCAACAAGUACCGAUCCAACAAUGAUGUCAGCUUGAAAGACAAGAACCCAACCCCAUAUGUAAUGAUUGAUACCCCUGGUCAUGGGAAAUUGAGGUCAGAUCUGGCGUUGUCACAAAUUCAGAGUCCCGGCCUGCGCGGGGUCAUAUUCGUGGUUGACUCAAGCGGGCUGGAUGUCAGCGACUCUUCUACCUCUCGUGACACUGCUGUGUACCUCCAUGAUACAUUGCUGGCGCUGCAGAGACGAAAAACUCGUGGCAAAACCAGGACCGACAUACCCGUGCUUAUCGCGGCGAACAAGCAGGACCUUUUCACCGCUUUGCCGACAGGUGCAGUCAAGGAUCGCCUACAGGCUGAGAUUGAAAGAAAGACAUUUUAG